GCCAAUACUUUGCCAUUACUCUCUUUAAACACGUUUUUUAAGGGUUGACUGUUGAAAGGACUCCUCUCAGAAGUCUAUGGUCUUUUGUGACCAUUUUUCAACGAGUUUUUAGAUCGCAUUAAACUGUCCCCACGACUUCUUUGAUGCAAUUGUAUCUUGAGUUUGCUUCUUCUUAACCUUAAACUUGUUUCCAUUUCUUGGUUUCGAGUUGAAGCAGAACCGAUCUUUCCCUUUGUAUAAGCGACAUGAAGCUGUCUCUUUCACUUGCUUUCACUGCUCUCAUGCUGCUUGAAGUUAUCACCGUGGUCUUUGCUCAAUCCAGGUUUUCAAAUGAGACUGACAAGAAAGCUUUGCUUGAGUUCAAGUCUCAAGUUGCUGAAAACAAGAGAGAGGUUUUGGCCUCAUGGAAUAACUCUUCUCCGGUCUGCAAUUGGAUUGGGGUUACAUGUGGCCACAAACAAGAAAGGGUUAUAAGUCUGGACCUUGGUGGAUUCAAAUUGGCCGGUGUGAUCUCUCCAUCCAUUGGUAAUCUCUCGUUUCUCAGAUUACUUAAUCUUGCAGACAACUCUUUUGGAAGUACCAUCCCUCAAGAAGUGGGAAUGCUAUUUAGGCUUCAGUACUUGAACAUGAGCUUUAAUCUUCUCGAAGGAAGGAUCCCGUCUAGUCUUUCUAACUGCUCUCGACUUUCGACCCUUGAUUUAUCGUCAAACCAUCUUGGACACAAUGUUCCUUCAGAACUAGGUUCACUUUCUAAGCUUGUCAUUUUGUAUCUUAAUAUUAACAACCUUACCGGAAGGUUUCCUGCCUCUUUUGGAAACUUGACGUCACUUCAGGAGCUUGACUUUGCAUAUAACCAUAUGAAAGGAGAGAUUCCAGACGAUGUAGCUAGAUUGACUCAAAUGGUGUUUUUCCAAAUAUCACAGAAUAGUUUUUCAGGUGUUUUUCCUCCUGCGUUACACAACAUCUCCUCGCUUGAGUCUCUAUCCCUAGCUGGCAAUAGCUUUUCAGGUGAACUUAGAGCUGAUUUUGGUGAUCUUCUUCCAAACCUAAGAACGCUUCUUUUGGGAGACAAUCAUUUCACCGGAGCUGUUCCCAUUACAAUUGCGAAUAUUUCAAGCCUUGGAAGGUUUGAUAUCUCAUCUAAUAACCUGACAGGAAGGAUCCCUUUGAAUUUUGGAAAAUUACGUAAUCUGUGGUGGUUAGGGAUUGGUAGUAACUCUCUGGGAACUAACUCGUUCAGUGAUCUUGAGUUUAUUGGGUCUUUGGCUAACUGCACUCAGUUAGAGUUCUUAGAUGCUGGUUACAACAAACUUCGAGGUGAGCUGCCUGCCUCCAUAGCCAAUCUGUCCACCAAAUUGACUAGCCUGUCCCUUGGAGGAAAUCUUAUCUCUGGAACAAUUCCUCGUGACAUCGGGAAUCUCAUAAGCCUGCAAAAACUCAGUUUAGAAACAAAUAUGUUGACAGGAGAACUUCCAGUCUCUUUCGGGAAGCUUUUGGAAAUGCGGAUGCUGGAUCUGUAUUCAAAUGCAAUAUCGGGGGAGGUACCUUCUUAUUUUGGCAACAUGACUGAGUUGCAAAAGAUCCAUUUGAACAGCAAUAGUUUCCAAGGAAGAAUCCCUCAGAGUCUUGGACGUUGUCGAAACUUGCUAGACCUAUGGAUUGAUGCAAAUAGGUUGAAUGGGACUAUACCUCGGGAAAUACUGCAAAUUCCAUCCCUUGCUUACUUGGAUUUGUCAAGCAAUUUCUUGACCGGCCCUUUUCCAGAACAAGUUGGAGAGUUAGAGCUUCUUGUUGGACUAGGUGUUUCGAACAACAAAUUAUCAGGACACAUCCCACAAACUCUAGGGAAUUGUCUCUCGCUGGAGUUUCUCUAUCUGCAAGGAAAUUCGUUUGAAGGAGCCAUUCCAGAUAUAAGUCGGUUGGUAAGCCUAAAAAAUGUUGACUUCUCCAAUAACAAUCUCUCUGGCCCCAUACCUCGAUAUCUGGCCAAAUUUCCUUUGCUGCAAAAGCUGAAUCUCUCUAUGAAUAACUUCGAGGGAAUGGUGCCAAAAACAGGAGUGUUUCGAAAUGCUACAUCAGUUUCUGUAUUUGGAAACAAAAAUCUUUGCGGAGGCAUCACAGAAAUGCAAUUAAAGUCAUGCAUUCUGCUCGCAUCACCAAGGCCGAGAAAGCCUUUGUCAGUCAGAAAGAAAAUUGCCGUUGGUAUUGGUAUAGGUAUAGCCUCACUUUUCUUAUUCGUAAUUCUGGCUUUUCUGUGUUGGUUGAAAAAGAGGAGAAAGAGCAAGAACAAUGCAAGUGGUAGUAACCCAUCAGAUUCUACUUCUGUGGGGUUGUGCUAUGAGAAGAUAAGUUAUAAAGAGCUUUAUAAUGCAACAAAUGGCUUCUCAUCAAGCAAUCUGAUUGGUUCAGGCAACUUUGGUAAUGUGUAUAAAGGAUUGCUUGGCCGCGAUGAUAAACUUGUCGCUGUUAAAGUUCUGAACCUCCUGAAGCAUGGAGCAACGAAAAGUUUUAUGGCGGAAUGUGAAACCUUCAAGGGUAUAAGGCAUCGUAACCUUGUAAAACUGAUAACGCUUUGUUCAAGCCUCGAUUCCAAAGGAAACGAAUUCAGAGCUCUGGUCUAUGAGUUUAUGCCAAAAGGAAGUCUGGAUAUGUGGCUUCAUCCAGAAGAUUUGGAAAGGGCAAACGAGCACUCGAGAAGUUUAACAGUUUUAGAGAAACUCAACAUCGCAAUAGAUGUGGCAUCCGCUCUAGAGUAUCUGCAUGUUCAUUGUCAUGACCCUGUAGCUCACUGUGAUCUUAAGCCAAGCAACGUUCUUCUGGAUGAUGAUCUGACUGCUCAUGUUAGUGACUUUGGUUUGGCUCGGCUCCUCUAUAAAUUUGAUCGAGAGUCCUUCCUAAAUCAUUUUAGUUCUGCCGGUGUCAGAGGCACCAUUGGCUAUGCCGCACCAGAAUAUGGUUUGGGAGGCCAACCAUCAAUACAAGGAGAUGUGUACAGCUUUGGAAUUCUACUUUUGGAGAUGUUCACUGGGAAAAAACCGACAGACGGAUCAUUUGCAGGCGAUUAUAACCUCCACAGCUACACAAAGUUAAUAUUUUCGAGAGAUGAUGAGAAGGAUGGUGGAGGCAGCAACGCCAUUGAUGAGUGGUUGAGACUGGUUUUGCAGGUGGGAAUAAGGUGUUCUGAAGAAUAUCCGAGGGAUAGGGUGAGAAUGGCUGAAGCUGUACGCGAGCUAAUCUCAAUCAGAUCUAAAUUCUUCAGUUUCAAGAAGACUAUUACAGAGCUAAGUCCUCGGGAUGCUGUGAAAACUUCUCCUCAGGAAUGGAUGUUAAAUCCAGCCAUGCAUACAAUCUAGACAAAACUGGUGGAACGCAAUCACCAUCUCGAGCACUUCUGGGGACGCAGUGAAUGUGUCUCUGCUUCUGCUUCAUCGAAACAGAACAAUGUUAGGAGAAGAGUCGUAUAUUUACAAUGUCUCUGUAGCCAGAGUCAUUUUCACUUAUUAGCUCUUUUUCUGCCAACAUUGUCUUCUCCACAAGUGUCUGUAUAUUUAGGAUCAGAGAAAUGCAACUAAAGCCAUGCAUUGCUCAAGCCUAGGUUCCGGAAUCCGAUGGAAAUGAUUUCAGAGAUCUGGUAUAUGAGUUCACACCAAGAGGAAGUCUGUUUAUGUGGCUGCAGCCGAGUACUAAUGUAACCUUAGGUACUAGUAAUGUGAGUAUGACGUUUUUGUAUAGAAUAUUACGUUUCAGUCCUGUGAUUGUAGACUAUUCAAGAGGCUAUUAAUAAACUAUUUUCAUCCA